GUGGAAACCAGAGUGGAAACCGAGCAGAGAAUCGAGCAGAGAAUCGAAACCGAAAGUAAGUUAUAAAAUCCCCGUCAUACCCCUGUUGCUGACGGUGUCUAGUCCUUUAGCGAUAUCUAACUUAGUGCUGUAUUUUAAAAAAUGAGUAGUGAUCAAAACGACGCGCUUCAUGUUAUCAACUGUUUUAGAGAUCGACUGAGGCAGCUCAUCCGAGUCGAGCCGGUUCUUGAUUUGUUGAGUUUCCUCGAACCGGAUCAGAAGGAGAGAAUCAAAGCCAAGUUACAUACCGAUGGGAAUGUCAACGCGGUGUCGGUUCUUAUUGAUGAAAUUAUUAAAUCACAUAACGGCAAUAAAGGCUGGUCGAGGGAACUGAUUAUUGCACUGGAAACGGUUGGAUGCAAAAAUGCAGCAAAUUAUGUGAAGAACAACCCACCGGAUCCCUCGGAAGAAGCCGAGAAUGACAGCUGUGUUCGGCUCAUUGAUCUGAUGCGCUUGACUCUGUUCAAUAUGAAAACACGGGAUGUGUGUGUGCAAUGCAGCUCACUGGGGCUCUUAACACAGGAAGACCAGGAAAAUAUUAUGACUGCUACUGAGAAUCAAGGCAACAUAGGUGGAGCCCGUUUGCUCCUGACAAGACUGGUGAAAAAUGAAACUGGCUGGUUUUCCAAAUUCCUUCAGGCCUUGGAGGACACGGAACACCACGACCUGGCGCGGCAGCUACGGGGAGAGCCCGGUAAUGAAGAUGAGGUCAUGUCAGUUGAAACCUACGAGUCCAGCACUAUUGAGGAGAGUGAACAGAUGUGUAUGGCUGCCCCGGAGGAGACAGAAAUGAACCUGAACGACUCUACACCCUCGCUCAAUCUCUCCACCGAUAACUCUCUUUUAUCAGAGGAUUUGAACAGCAGUGUGGACAGCAGUGGUUUGGGGGCAUCUAAUGUCUCAAUUGCUGAAACUGAAGAGGUUGACAUGUACAAAGAGGGAAUGGAGGAAGAGAAGGAAGAUCGCACAGAGGAUGUUGAUCAGUCAGUGAGACAGCGGGACAUUGUUCUGCGUGACUAUCAGAUGGAAGUGGCAAGACCGGCUCUGGAGGGCAAGAACAUCAUCAUCUGCCUCCCAACAGGGAGUGGGAAAACCAGGGUUGCCGUGUACAUCACUAAGGAACAUUUGGAGAGAAAGAAGCGCAUGGGAGAACCUGGGAAAGUUGCUGUUCUGGUUAACAAGGUCCCUCUGGUUGAGCAGCACUAUAAGGCCGAGUUUGGCAAGUUUCUGCAGCACCAGUACUCUGUCGAACGGGUCAGUGGAGCUUCACAGCUCAAGAUCUCAUUCCCACAAAUCGUGGAGAAAAAUGACAUCAUCAUCUGCACGGCGCAGAUUCUGGAAAACUCUUUCGCCAAGGCCAAGAACGGCGAUGAGGAUGGGAUCAAUUUAUCACAAUUCUCCUUGAUGGUUAUUGACGAAUGCCACCACACAAAGAAGGGCGGAGUGUAUAACCAUAUCAUGAUUCGCUACCUAAAACAGAAACAUCGGAAUCAACAGCUGGUGAAGCAGCAGAAAAGUCCAGUUCCGAUCCCUCAGAUACUGGGCCUGACUGCCUCACCGGGUGUCGGAGAGGCCAAGACCCAACUGAAAGCAGAGGAGCACAUUCUACAAAUCUGUGCCAACUUGGAUGCCUUCACAAUAAAAACAUGGACUAUAGAGGAUGCCAAACUACCGUACAAAAAGAUUGUAAUAGCAGAAGAGAGGAAGAAGGACCCGUUUGGAGACGUGAUAAAGAAAAUCAUGGAUGAAAUUCACACACAUGCUGAACUGAAGCCCCUCUGUGAGCCUGGAACACAGAACUAUGAAUUGUGGGUUGUACAGAAAGAACAAAAUGCUGCUAAGGAAGAGAACCAGAGAGUUCGUGUUUGUGCAGAACAUCUCCGUCAAUAUAACGAGGCUCUUCAUCAGAGCAACACCAUCCGCAUGUCAGACGCCUUCCGUUUCCUCCACAAAUACCACAGUGAAGAACUCAAGACCAAAUCUAGCUCUGAAGAUGAAGGCAUCAUUACAAUCACUGACACGGAACGAUUCCUCUUCACUUUGUUUGAAGAGAAUAAAGCAGAGCUGCAGGAGCUGAUGGGAAAGCCGCAGUAUGAAAAUAAUAUUCUAGCCGAGCUGAAAACCAACAUACUUAAGGAGUUCACCAUCAGAGAGAAGGCCCGAGGCAUCAUAUUCAGUCGGACUCGCCUCAGCACAUUGGCUCUGAGCCAGUGGAUUCAGGAAAACCCCAAGUUUGAUGAAGUCGGAGUCAAAGCCAGCUAUCUGAUUGGUGGAGGAGAUCAGAGUGUGGUGAAACCAAUGACUGCUGCAGAGCAAAAGGAUGUGUUGAACAAGUUUCGUGAAGGUGAAAUUAAUCUGCUGAUUGCCACCACAGUAGCAGAAGAGGGACUGGACAUUGCAGAGUGCAAUUUUGUUAUCCGCUAUGGCCUUGUGACCAAUGAGAUUUCCAUGAUUCAGGCGCGUGGUCGAGGAAGAGCCGAGGACAGUAGUUACACACUGGUGGCAGAGGCAGGAUCUGGAGUGGCAGAGAGAGAGAGUGUCAACGAAUACAGGGAGAAAAUGAUGAGCAAAGCCAUCGCCAAAGUGUGCAAGAUGAAUCGAGCUGACUAUGAGAAAAAAAUCAGAGAGUUUCAGAUCCAAGCCAUAGUGGAAAAGAAGGUGAAGACAAAGAAGAAACAGCAGAAAGGAAUGAUGAAGGAAUCUCCAUCUAAAAUCAGUUUGAGCUGCAGAGAUUGUAGUGUGCUUGUUUGCCCUGGAGAAGAAAUUGAGAUCAUCGAGAACAUGCACCAUGUCAAUGUCACUAAUCGCUUUAGUAAGCUGUUUAUAAGACGGGAGAAUACCUCACUACAGGAGAGAAUGUUGGACUAUGAGACUAACGGUGUCAUUGCAUGCAAAACCUGUGGACAGCCAUGGGGCUCAAUGAUGCUGUAUAAGAGCAUCGAGUGUCCCUGCCUCCACAUCAAGAACUUUGUGGUCACAUACGAUUCCAAGAAGAAGACAUUCAGCAAAUGGAGCGAGCUGGCCAUAAGAUUCCCUGCUUUUGAUUAUACCCAACAUGCCGAUCUGCUCGUAGAAGAUUCAGAGGAAGAAGACAUGGACACUGACUGAAUGUAAACAUGCAGAAAACGCAGUCAAACUCUAUAAAGUUAAAUACAAAUAUGAUGAUGUACUAUUCUGUUCUGUGUUAUGCACUGUAGCUUUUCUCAACAUGAAGUGGGUCUAUGGAAGUGGUCAAUUCUUUAAUCUCAGCUCAUGCACUUUCGGAUUCUGAUUUUAAUUCUUAAAUUAGAUUAAUUAUUUACAUUUCUGUGUGAUUACCUGGUGAUUUUAAGUAAUAGUUAAUAGUUGACGUGAAAAUGAAUGUCAGUCCCUAACAUACUGUCUAAAAUCUUCUUUAGGGUUUCAUGGAAGUCGUAUGAGUUUGGAAUGACAUUUAAUGUGCCUUUGUGAAGUUGUUUGAGAAAAACUUUAGUCUUGUAAAAUUAUUUCAUAACGACUUCAUGCUUCAAAAGAGCUGCUCUGUUCAAACUACACUUAAUUCUGAUUAUGUUGGCUCGGCAAAGCCAACAUACUGUUAUUCUACAGAAAUUAUUCAGGGUUUUUUUUU